AUGUUUAUCUAUGUAAAUGUUGCUGGGCCAUGUGCUGCGUUCAUCUUUCAGGUUGCAUCUUUUCAAGGAGUGGCUGUUCGCAGCCUCUGCACAUCCUCCCCUGAACACCCAGAACACGGGAGAUUAGUUUACAAAGGAAAUUUGGCAAAGGCAGUGUUAGGUGUGAGGUUUUUCUCUUACUCCACCAGCAUAUUCAACCUGCUCAUGGUGCCCUACAUCAUGCUCAAAACGGGUAUUGGAUUUGAAAGUCUGUUUAUACAAGCUGCCUUUUAUGGAUUGAUUGGGUUUUUUACGUUUGUAACACCAGUUACUUUGCAUGUCCUUACAAAAGGCUAUGUGAUUCGACUGUAUUAUAAAGAUGAAAUGGACACGUAUACAGCCAUUACCUACAACGCGAUCUUGGCAGAAAAAGCAACUGUUUUCCAUCAGAAGGAUGUAAAGAUUCCAGACAUCACCAAGAUGUUUACAACAUUUUAUGCUAAAACCAAAUCAAUGCUUGUUAAUCCGACGCUUUUCCCAAAUCCUCAGGAUUAUAAUCAUCUCAUGGGCUAUGACAAAUCCUUUUAUUUUAACUUAGAGGAGGAAAAGGAAGCUGGUGAAAGGAAGUAAUUUGCAGAUAAUGAAUGUCACUAUUACUGUUCGUGGUGCAGUGCUAUAUGUGUGAAAGAAUGUAAAAUUCUGU